AAACACCCAAUGUGAGGGAAUGGUCAGGUGAGAAAGGACCAGAAGUUCCGGUUCUACCACAGCAAGGACCCAAGUUGCUCAUUUAGGUUCUUUGAUGCAGAUCUCGUCUUUCAAAACUUCUUUCUCUUUCCUAGCCUUGUCAUUUCAGCCCUCUGGCCUUCCCUAUGAGGAGGAAGAUCAACUAAGUCACAGGAGAGAUGCGGUUACACCAUAUUGGCCAGGCUGCUCUUGAACUCCUGACCUCAAGUGAUCUGCCUGCCUCGGCCUCCCAAAGUGCUGGGAUUAUACACAUGAGCCACUGUGCCUGGCCUCAAAUCUCUUUUUAAAUCUGAAGAAACUGAGGCCAAGAAAAGUGAUUUGCUUAAAGUUACACACAGUAUGUUAGUGGAAGAUCCAGGAAUAAAACUGUUUUUCCACUUAAAAUAUUCUGCCAAGCAGAUAUAUUUGGAUUAUGUAAGAAACCCUAUUACAAUACAUCCUGUACUACAUCUCUAUGGCAUUACUAAUUGGUUGUAAACUGGUGUCUUUAAAGAAUGUAAAUAAAUAAUUUGUCAGGAUUUUGUUUUUAUCUCGCUGAAAUUUGAAAGUGCUUUUGAGAAAGUUUUAAUUUGGACAGUGCAUUUCUUUAACAUGUUAUGCAGGGCCCUUCUAGCCCAAUCCAGAGCUGUGCCAUGGCAGACCCAAGAGAAGAAGAGACAGUGUCAGCAGAAGCCUCAGGGUUCUCAGACUUAAGUGACUCAGAGUUCCUAGAGUUUCUGGACCUAGAAGAUGCCCAAGAGUCAAAUGCUUUAGUUAACAUGCCUGGUCCAUCUUCUGAAUCCCUUGGGAAGGAUGACAAACCCAUAAGCUUACAAAACUGGAAAAGGGGAUUGGAUAUCUUAUCACCCAUGGAGAGAUUCCAGCUUAAAUAUUUAUAUGUCACUGACCUGGCUUCUCAGAACUGGUGUGAACUGCAAACAGCAUAUGGGAAGGAACUUCCUGGUUUCUUGGCACCUGAGAAGGCAGCUGUUUUGGACACUGGUGCCAGCAUACACCUAGCUAGAGAACUAGAACUUCAUGAUCUUGUUACUGUCCCGGUCACCACUAAAGAAGAUGCUUGGGCAAUUAAGUUUCUGAACAUACUUUCGAUGAUUCCUACCCUGCAGUCAGAAGGGCACAUCAGAGAGUUUCCAGUGUUUGGGGAAGUGGAGGGUGUACUUCUUGUUGGAGUGAUUGAUGAGCUGCACUAUACAGCCAAAGGGGAGCUGGAACUAACUGAACUCAAGACACGCAGGCACCCUAUGCUCCCUCUGGAAGCUCAGAAAAAGAAAGACUGUUUUCAAGUCAGGCUGUACAAAUAUAUCUUUGAUGCCAUGGUACAAGGAAAAGUGACCCCUGCUAGCCUAAUCCACCACACAAAGUUGUGUCCAGAAAAGCCACUGGGGCCAUCAGUGCUGAGGCAUGCCCAGCAGGGAGGCUUCUCUGUGAAGUCUUUGGGUGACCUCAUGGAACUAGUCUUCUUGUCUCUAACACUGUCAGACCUCCCAGUUAUUGAUAUCUUGAAGAUUGAGUAUAUCUACCAAGAGACUGCCACUGUGCUGGGUACAGAAAUUGUAGCCUUUGAAGAGAAGGAGGUGAGAGGCAAGGUGCAGCAUUAUAUGGCCUACUGGAUGGGCCACCGAGAGCCUCAGGGAGUUGACGUGGAGGAGGCUUGGAAGUGCCGGACAUGUACCUAUGCAGACAUUUGUGAAUGGAGAAAGGGUAGUGGUGUGCUUAGCUCUGCAGUGGCACCCCAAGCCAAAAAAGCCAAAUGAAUAGAAGGUAUGCUUUCAAGAAUGUUGAUCCUUCCUGCUCCUGCUAUACCUAAGCAAAAGAGGACCAGUGUCUGAGCUUGGCUUUUAUGGAGAGUGUUCUUACUUUGGUUCUUUCUUUAUUUUCACAACCUCUAACCACUUUCAGUCCAGGACCAAGACUCAGGGAUAAGUGGGAGAAGAUUAAGGGGUUAUACUGUCCCUGGAGCUUUGCCAUGAAUUGCCUAAGAAGACAAAUGCUCAUCAUGGCUGGAACAAAGGUAUCCUUUAGUAAACAUUGCUUCCUAAGAAAAUUCUUCAGUUUCUGAUAAGUUGUCCCUAUUUUUAUUUUGAUCAAGGCUUUGUACAUUUUACAUAAUAAAAUGAAAUGCUUUCCAGGACAGUUGAA